AACCGAAUCGCACACAGUACGCCACUUGCAUAGCGGAUUUUAUAUAUCACUUCGCCGUACAUCAUACUACGCGUAUGCUGUUUCGCGUAACGUUGUCCCGCCGAGUGUCUGUGUCCGGGUGCACCAGUGAUGCUGUGUGUAUCCUUUGCGAACCGUACCUACGUCUCCGCGCACGGUGGUGUGUCGUUUGCUUUGCCGCAAAGCCCGAACAAAUCGGCCAUACAGCUACAGUGAGGCGGUGCAGAGCGUCACAAGCUGCUUCACCCAUGCUCUGAUGGCUAUUUUAAAAAACGAAUCGGAUCGAUGACUCUACUCGAGCAUGAGCAAACAGCAGCAGCAGCAGCAACAGCAGUGUGAGUAAGCCAAUUUCGAAAGACAGCGAAACGGUGUGUGUUUAGAGUUAGCAGCGAGAGCAGAAAGCUUCGGCCGCAUCGCGACAUCGUCGACAGAGCAGCAGAGACUUCACGCCGAUCGAUCAACGUUUCUCUUCAAAGUCUCCGAAGGGAAGCAAAACUGUGUGUGUACGAGUGUGCGUGUUUUCUGCGUGUGCCAAAACGAUCGUGCAAAGUUACAAACGGUGUGCAAUAGUAUCACGGAUCGGGACCCCUAAGUUUAACCCGAUCUGGAUGAAAGAAAGUGUGUGUAUUCACCGAAAAGAGAAUUAACAGCAGUAGCAACACAGAAAUAAAAAAGCAGGGUGAUCGUGUGUGAAAUAGCGGCCUCGUAGGCACAUCGAAACACUGGGCAGUGAUGCACAGCAGCACUAACACCAUCACCACCACCAACAACAGUACGCACUACCACUGUGCAAUGAUGAUUCGCCCUUAACCGACGUCGCUUGGGCAGUGGUGUUAGCUGUGUGUUUGUGUGCGUGUUAUUCGUGUUCGCCGUAGCGUGCGCUUCGGUGUGUGCGUGUGGUGUGUUCUGACAACGGCUCCGAACACAAACACUCUCCGAGCGAAGACUAAACCACCGCGCUGCUUCAGUUUUCAUCGGUGCACGCAGGCAGCACGAAGCUCUUACUGAAAGAGGCCCGUAGGCGCCCCAUCACCAUCACACCAUGGAUUGCGAAAGAAGCAGUGUGUGCUUGUGCUUCACGGGCAGAAGUUUUCUCUUCCAGCGCUGAACACCAACAAACAAGGAUAUCCGUUCUUAUUGUGCAAAGAAACGAAGUGAAAAUCUUUCGUUCUACUCGGUCGCGUCGAGUGUCGAGUCGAUGUGUGGAAUUGUAUAAUGUAGUGUCCUCCGGGAGCGUGUAAAUGUGCGUUAUAUUGUAAAGAAAAAUUGUCGUGUGACAAGCUGUGUAAGCGAUUGUGUAAAGUGUAAAAGAAAAGUAGUAGCAAAAGGGUCCAAAAAAGCAGUGUGCAGCCCACAAAAGAGAAAGUGCAUUAAAAGGUUUGCAAUAUUGUAGAGAAAUUGGAAGAAGCAAAGCAACAACAAAAAAAAAUUGCUCGCUUACCUCUACGCCUACCCUGUUAACGGUGGUAGUGAGUGUUUGUGUGCGUGAGAAAGAGAGCGGCAAGUGAUCGAAGAGCGAGUGAGAGAGGAAGAGUGAUUUUGUGUUGUACCGUGCCGAGUUUAGAGUGCAAUUAAACGUACGCGCCGUGUAUGCGUGUGUGUGUAUGUGUACGUGCGCGUGUGUGUAAUAAGUGUACAAAUGUUGUUGUUUACGGUUUACCCAGUGCAACAACGCCGCGGCCACCGUGGUGCGUUCGCAUGAUGAUGCUGCCGCUGCAAUCGGCCGUGCUGCACCAGUAAACGGGUUGCAUCGCGAAGUAUUAGUAUGCACAUGGUGAUCGGUGGUGCCAGCAGCAGGCGCUAGAGUGCAGUAAGAAUAGAGAAAAAUAGAUAAAUUAUAGUACGGCUACAACGGAAGCGUUAGAUAAAGUGAAGAAAAAGAGAGCGAGGGAGAGAGAGUGUGUGAAGAAAGAAAAAUAGAUAAGAUAUUAUCUACGGUGUGAGUGUGUGCGUGCGUGUGUUUAUGUGUGGUUUCUACUCAGUGUACGCGGUGUUCGACGGUCGUGUGUUGUAGCACCCAACCAUCACCACCUUCCUGCUGCGGUCGCUGUUGUUGCACCCACACACACGUGUCGCUAAAACCCCAGCUUCGUCGCUUAUCUUCGGUUGCGCGAAAAAGAAAAGAAAAAAACCCACGCUUUUCAAUUACACCUGUUCGUCCGUAAGAAAAUGUUCGUAACAACAAUACAAGCAUGACGCACCAGAAUCACCAAACUAACGGCGCCAGUUUGGAAGAUUGCCACACAAACUUCUUCGCCUUGACCGACCUGUGCGGUAUAAGAUGGCGUCAAUUGGUUCUCGGUGAGCGGCCUAAUGCGGCCGGCGAUCCGCUCGACGAUCCGGUCGUGCGCUCCUACUCAAAAUGUCUCGCCGUCGACAUACUGUGCGUGUGGCGAAGGGUGGUCGCACCCAAGCCCAAACCGAAACCGGAACCCGACCCGAGCAACAUGUUCGACAUGAGCAUACCGGGCACCGGUAACAGUGGUUCCGUCGUCCAUCCGCCCCUCUCGCUGACCGCCGCCAAGGAGCUGUGGAUUUUCUGGUACGGUGAGGAACCGGACCUGAAGGAUCUGGUCGCACCUGAGCUGCUCAAUUCGUCCGAAGCCGGUGACAAAGGCUCCUGGGAGAAUGGACUCUCGUACGAGUGUCGCUCAUUAUUAUUUAAGGCGUUACACAAUGUGAUCGAAAGAUGUUUAUUGUCACGAGGAUUCGUACGAAUUGGCCGGUGGUUCGUUCAUCCCAGUUCGAACAGCGAAGGAGUGUUUGGCAAGAGCUCACAUCACGCAUCCUUUUCGUUCACGUUCUUUGUGCACGGCGACAGUACUGUGUGUACCUCGAUGGACAUACGGGAACAUCCGCCGGUUCGGUUGCUAACCAUGCGGCAUCUCGAAGAGGCGCAACAGGCGCAACAGGCUGCCCCGAGUGCCGGUCCGAACGGACCGGCUAGCCCUUCGAUGGCGGGUGUACCGGGCAGUGGCUCAAACACGCCCGGAUCUCCGGGUGCUGCUGGUACCGGAGGUGCUGCUGGGGCCGCCAGCGGAUCUGCGACCAUUGCCUCGACGGAUGCGAUCGAACCGCGGGAGGUGAUACUGGCACCGUUCGGGCUGGCCGGUACGCUGACGGGCCAAAGUUACAAAGCGAGCGAUCCGCACGUCCAGAAGCUGCUCGACGACUGGAGCGCGUUCUACCCGAUCUCGAACAAGCUCAGCAGCAGCACGGAGGACGGCUCCGACAACGUGCCGCCGAUGGUGGAGAUUCUCGUGGGGAAGCUGAAGAUGCGCUACCCGACCAAGUACGUGCUGGUGGCCGACAUGGACGACUGGACGGCGACCGAUGGGCGGAGCAAUAGUAGUAGUGCUAGCAGUAAUAAUAAUAAUAAUAGUAACAGUAGCAGUAACAGCAAUCAAACCGCCACACCGAUCACGGCGAUACCCACGAUCGCAGCAUCCGUUCUCAGUCGUGCCAACAACAGCAACGCGAGCGAACAACGGUCGUCCAGCGGUGGCUGCCCCAUCAACUCAACCAGCAAUCAACUGACGACGGGGGGCACCGGUGGCACCAGCAAUGGUAAUGCACCACCAACUACCAACACUACGACGAUGGCCCGCAACAGAGACUCGUCGGCCGAAAGCAGUUCCGCUGCAGCACCUUCUCCCACCGGUACGCUACGCCAGCGAAAUCACCACAAAUCCAUGAUGACCCCACCGCUUACGGUACCGGAAUCGCCCUCGAACGAUCUCGGCAAUCCGCUCAGUAUGUCGUCGGCGUUGAUCAACAAAUCGCCCGCCGUCAUACUGCCCGAACGUGUCUGGCAGGACUGCAUCAUGCAUGCGCCUUCUUCCCAGACGACCAGCGCAUCUUCAUCAAGCGGCAGUUCAGCUGCUAGCAACGGCAGCCAAUCGACACCCGGCAGUGGUGUAACAAUCAAAACGGAACCAAAGGAUACCAGUGGCAGUGGGGGCAGUAACAGCACCUCCUCUUCCUCCAACGCUUCGGCCAGCAAUAGUAGUGGUGGCGGCGGCGAUGAAAACUCUUCCGGCGCUGCGAACGGAGUCGACGCGAACGGGAACACUUCCGUGUGGGAAAUUAGCGAUCCAACGGUGAAAGUGUCCUGCUGCUGUAUCAAGUGUUGCAAGAGACCGCCAUCUUCCGCGUCGUCCACAUCGACGUCAUCGUCGUCCGCUUCGUCCCUAGCAGGUGGACGUCUCGCACAGCAUCAGCAGCAGCACGCGAUCGGCGCAGCAGUAAGCUCCUCAGCAGCAGCAGGUUUGGCAACACUGUACACUUCCACACCAUCGCCUGGAGGUGCUGGUGGAGCCGGUGGUGGUAUGGUGGUCCAUCCGAAAUCUUCCUACUCGAUCACUUACGCUGGUGGUGGUGGUAGUAAUCGUGGCGAGAAGUACCACCACCACCAUCACAGUGGAGGAGGACAAUCGCAUAAGGACCAUCACCAUCACCAUCAUCACCACCGCCCGCCGAGGGUUGCCUUCCACAAGCGACCACCGCAGGAAGCUCUGUUCCGUCCGGGUGUCAAACCGCUGAGCUUAACUGCUGCUGCCGCACUGGCUGCGUCUGCUGCUGCUGCUGCUGCUGCUGGGUCUGCCUCGACGGCUGCCAACGCUUCUUCGCCUGGAGCCGUUUCUUCCGGUGACAGCGCAGCCGAUUCGCUCGAACUGGCCGACUCGUGCUUAAGGUCAAACCAAAACUGUGCCGCCAACAGCAACAGUGGUGCCGGUGCGGCGAACUCAACGGGCGCAGCAGCCGGCAGCACAACGCCUUACGGUGGACCACCUUCCUACUGUCGGAACCCGAUGUCUAUCGGUGAUUCGCAUCCGCUCCCAUCCGAAGGUUCGCCGGCCAGUGCGGCACCAUCACCGAUGCAACCUUCGUCCGUAUCUCAACCAACGUCGGUACCGUCCGGCGAUCAGCUCAUCACAAUGUCUCCUCAUCCACCUGCCUCGAACAAUCCACGCAGCGUUCAACCCGGUACGCCCUGUUUGGAUCAUCUGGACAAAAACACACCGGCCCCGACACCAACCGAUCAGCACGACAGCAAAAGCAUUAACGCGUCACCCUACCACACACCAUCCCAUCCGGGUGGCGGUGGUGGUGGUGCAGGUGGAGGUGGUUUGACCGGAAACAGCGGCAACUCGACCGAAGCGCAGCAACAACAGCAAAGCAUCUCGAAUAUGGGAAAUUCGUCCAACAGCAAUAGCAGCAAUAGCUCCUCCAACAGUAGCUCUCUAAAUGCGCUCAAGACGACCUCCUCACCGCGGAGUACGCUGUCGUCCGGCAUCGGCAGUCUGAAGGUGCGAUCCGAGUCAUCGCUCGGUGCGGCGGGCAGUGGUGGUAGUUCGCUUGGCGGGGGCGGUGGUGUGCCGAUGACGCCAAGCAUUCACAGCGUGUACAGCUCGGCCCACCAGACGGCGGUGGCGAACAAUUUGGCCAGCAAGCGCGAAUCGAUACUGCAAAUGUUGCAAUCGUUAAAGCGACCGUCACUGUUCUGCAAGGAUUACGAGACGUUGCAGGGCGAGGACAUCCCCAGCACGUCGCAGCUGCUGUACGAUUAUACGUGCGUCGAUGCAUGGAUGAAUCAUCCCGUAAAGCGGAUGAGGCUAGCGAUGGAGGAACAUCGGCUGGUGAAAAAGAUUCGGAAUCUCGAUCUGUAUGCAAACGAGCACAGCCGCACGAUGACGGCCGGCUUUGGCGGUCAUGCGGGCGGCCACGGUGGCGAACGAAUCGGUGCGAAUGGGAUGCUAAUGAAGGGAGCCGGAGAAGCGUCCGAUCCGCUCGCUGAUGCGCUCGGUGGUCACAAUGGCGGUGGUGGAGGUGCCUGUGAUAAUGGUGCCUCAAACAACAUCGGUGGUGGAGGAUGCCCAACGCUGCUCGGACACGGACAGAUCAAGAUGGAGAUUGGAUGUGAUGGUGGUGGUGGUCAGGGAGGAGGAGGAGGUGCAGGAUUGCCAGGCAGUGGUAUGGGAGGUGCCAACGGUACGCCGGACCGGAAUGGACCAUCCGCCGGGAAUGGAGAUGGCACCCUGCUGGGGGAGCAUGAGAUCAAGAAGGAAAAGGAAGAGAAGGGCCCAAUCUUUUUAACGGACCAAGACCUGCAACCGUCGAUCGAUGAUCUGAAUCAGAUUUUUGACGAUGGAGGUCCGUUCAACGAUGAUCCGGAUCUGCACAACACCCCACCGGGUUCGAACAAAAGCUGCACCGGCAGUGGAGGCUUCUCGGAGGAAGGUAAACGCUUCCCCGGGUCGAACCAUCACUCCGUCAACAGUGGUAUGCUGAGCCCGAAGGAGCUGUCGCAGAUGUUCCCGACCCCGCCGAGUCUGGAUCCGCACCCGAACUCUAGCCCGGGUGGAGGCGGCUGUCUUUCGGACGGUGGAAUUGCAAUCGAUACGCUGGUCGACCUACAGAUGUCGCUCUCGUCGGGAGCGGGCAGUGGACCGGCCGGUGCCGGUCCAGUUCUGCCCAAUCUCGGCAGCCCGCAGGAGGAACCGAUCGAUGAUUGGUCGUUUGUGUUUUUGCCACCACCGAUCUGCCCUUACGUGGGUUCGUCAAAGUAUGCUCCACUGCCGACGUUGCCGAGCCAGCUCAUACUGCCACAAAUCCCUGCGAGCACCACCAACCUGGUGUACAAAUCGACCCGCCAGAAGCAGAAGGAACAGGCGGCUGCCGAACGCGAGAAGCAGAAGCUACGUGAGCAGGCCGAACGAGAACGCGAACAGCAGCAGCAACAGCAGGACCAACAGCACAACUCACAGUCCGAACAUAAUGCGCAGAGUACGGCAGCGAGUGGAGCUACCGGUGACCGGAUCGGAAUCGGAGGUCCUGCCGGUGGUGGCGUUGGGCUGGGACUGCUUCCAAUCAUCAAGCAGGAAGCAGGCAACCUAACGAUACCGCAACCCUUAAGCACUCCCAACUCACUGCUUGGCGGGCUAAACAAUAUGAACGGAUCGCUGAACCAUCCCUACUCGAACCCACCGUCACAGGGUGCCCAAUCGCAGCCCCAUUCGCGACCACCGUCAGUAAACUCGCUGCCCGGUGGAAUCAUUGGAAGUGGAGCGGGAAUGCUUAGUCCAUCGCCUGCCGGGGCCGGUUCAUCCGGUGCUCUGUACCACCCCGCGAUUGGAGCAAUUCCCCUGCCCCUACGUCAAGGCAUGUCACCAAUAUCACCUGCAACGCCCGGCGGCUCGAUGCGCGUACCCACACCGCAAGGAUCGUGUCCACUGCCGUAUCCCUCACCACUCGGCGGAGCCGGUCCCGCCGGCAGCCCAAACCCGAUGGGAUCGCUCAACUUCCGUCGCGCAACGCCCCUGCUUCCACCGCCCCCUUACGAUGUGGCCAUUGCCAGUCCGGCCAAUUCCGUUGCAACGCCCUCCUCGUACCACAGCAAACAGUUCCCGCUCGAGGGCGUGGACACUAGCGGCGGACCGGGCUCGAACCGUGGUCCAAUGACACCAUCCUCAACGGGCCCAAUGGGAACGACCGUGAACCAACCGCUCUCCUCGACCGGUGUGGGCUGUGCGAGUGGUGUCGUCGGCCCGAACAGUGUUGCGCCGGGUACGCGCAGUGCCAGCAUCGAAACGAGCGCACUGCUCGUGAACGUGCUGCUGUACGAUACGGCGCUGAACAUCUUUCGCGAUCACAACUUCAAAAGUUGUACGCUGUGCGUGUGCAAUGCGGGCACCAAGUGUGUGGGCAACAUACGGGGAGCGGACAGUGGACUGUACCUUGCGCUGCCCGGCACGAACUGGAUGGAUUCCGUCACGGCACCAGCCGACGGUGCGAGUGGUGCAGGCGGAGCUGGUGCAGUUGGUGGCAGCAGGAGCAAAGCGAACGCGCUCGCUCAUCUCGGGCUCGGUAGUGGUGGUGGUAGUAGUGCCUUCGGUGGAAUGUUAGGAUCGCCGGCAGUCGCUGGUGCGAACAGUGACAAAACGAUCACCAUCAACACGGACAGUCUGCAGAACGGCUAUCUGGAUGAGGAUCCGAUCGAUUGUCAGUGCGGGUUCAGUGCGGUGGUUAAUCGGCGGAUGGCUCACCGGGCCGGCCUAUUCUACGAGGAUGAGAUGGAAAUCACCGGCAUGGCGGAAGAUCCGGCCGUGCACAAGAAAAGCUCGCUGUUCGAGUUUCUCAACGGUACGGCGAAAGCGAUCAAGAUGGAGGAGUCGAUCGGUGGUGGAACGAACGGCGUUGGUGGUACGUUGGCCACACCCGGCGGUGCUGCUUCUGCUUCCACCGGUGGUACGGACAGUUUACCGCUUACGCUCAAGGUGAUGGACUUGCUGCGGGAGCAGUGCUCCGUGGUGCAGAGUUCGAGCAAUUCCAUCCACCGUGCCGUUAAUCGGUACCGCGGACCACUGUUCGGUCGCGGUGCGGAAAGUGGUGCCGUACAUCUGCUGGAGUAUGUGGACGCGAACGAUGUGAUCAGCUUGGCGCUGGAACAGGGCCGCCUGCAAGCCAUCAACGAGAGCAAGAUGGAUGUGGACCAGCAGCAGCCAGCGUCAGCAUCGUCCUCCUCCUCGUCCUCACCAGGCAGUGGUGCGCUCGUCAAGGGUGGAACACUGCGCGGUGUAAUGAACGUGCACAAGUGGCCGUUCCUGCGUGCUGGCGGACCGAAGAGCAAUCAGGACAUUGUGCGGAUAAUGAAAUCGAUGCAGCCGCUGCUGCAGGACGCGUUCCACAAACGGUGCACGACGCGGCUGUGGGAUGCACCGUACACGAUACAGGGUCCGCUCACGUGGCGACAGUUUCACCGGCUAGCGGGGCGCGGUACCGGCCAGUGUGAACCGCAGCCAAUUCCCUCGCUAAUCGUCGGGUACGAGAAGGACUGGCUUUCGCUUGCCCCGUACGCCCUACACUACUGGGACAAGCUGCUGCUCGAACCGUACUCGUAUCCGCGCGACGUGGCGUACGUCGCGAUCGUGCCCGAUAACGAUUUUGUGGUGGCGAAGGUGCGCACGUACUUCAAGGAGCUCAGCACUACGUACGAGAUGUGCAAGCUGGGCCGGCACACACCGAUCAAGGGCUGGGACGGGAUACUGCGCGUUGGCAGCCAGCGUGUGCUGAAGGAGACGCAAAACUCGAACCUGGACGAAUGGUUCACGAACAUGGGCGUCGAUCAGCAGCGCAAGACCGGUUCCUCCUCGUCGUCCGGAUUGAACGAGCUGCUCCGGCUGUACGCGCAGACGUGUCAGCAGCAGCUCGCACCGUACCUGUCGAAGGUACCGUCCGACAAGAGUCUGCUCGAUCCACCCGAAAGCCAUCACCAUACGCCAUCGGCAUCGUCCGGUUCGGCGUCGGUUUCGGGCGGUGGGUCGGGAGCUUCCUCGCUUGGCAGUGGGUCCAUGAAUCAACCGGGCGGGAACGGUAUGGGACAGAACCGAGGCGACGGUCCCGGGCAAAGUCCGAUGCCGCCACCACCACCGAGCACACCGGAUUCAUCGCAGCCCGGUGAUAAGGCACCGAACACACCCAAAUUUGAUCACGACUCGGAUAAUCGUGAUCAGCUGAAUACCUCCUCUGCCAGCCCUGCCGAUGGUAUGCGGAUCGACGACGAUGGGAAAGAUCCGCCGCAUAUCGUGCUGUACAUCGUGGAACCGUUCACGUGCGGUAAUGAUUCGCCGGAUGUGGAACGGUUGGCGUGCCUUUCGUUGCUCCGUUGCUACUCAAACAUCCUGAACGCGGUGCCGGAUUCGAUACGCAGCAAUAUCAGUGUACAAAUUAUCUCGCUCGAAAGCAUUCUCGAGCUCGGUCGCAACCGGAACCGAUUGCGUUUAAGCGAUCACAUGCGCUGCCUAGCGCUGAGCGUGUUCUCCCAGAGCCGCAAGUACCUCGCCCACAUGAACACGGUUAAAAGCUUGACCGGGUUCGGGACGGCAGCCAACGCGGAACAGUUCAUCAAGCGCAAGGACGACAAGAAUCGUGUCCCGUACCGGCUCUACACGCCACCGUACGUGCUGGCAAGGUCCUGCGAGAAGAGCGAAAACACGGAAUCGUUCGGCAAGACGAGCAUGAAGCAGCAGUGCUCGAUCAUGUACUGCAGCUACUGUCUGAGCGAGGAUCAGAGCUGGCUGCUCGCGGUGGCGACCGACGAUCGGGGCGAGUUUCUGGAAACGGUCACGAUCAACAUCGACAUUCCGAACCGGGGUCGCCGGAAGCGUGCCUCCGCCCGCCGGUACGGCCUGCAGAAGCUGAUGGACUUCAUCCUGGGGCUGAUCUCGCAGACGGUACAACCGUGGCGGCUGGUCGUUGGCCGUAUCGGGCGCAUCGGGCACGGUGAGCUGAAGGGUUGGAGCUGGCUGCUGAGCAAACCGAACCUGCAGCGCGCCUCGAAGCAUCUGAAGGACAUCUGCGAACAGUGCUCGCUGAUGCAUCCGAUCGCGGUGCCGAGCAUACUGAGCGCCUGCCUGGUGACGCUCGAGCCGGAUUCGGAUCUGCGCGUGAUGUCGGACCAGUUCACGCCGGACGAACGGUUCAGCCAGCGGUCGAUGCAGUCCCCGCUGUCGACGCCACAGGAUGCGACCUGCACACACAUACUGGUGUUUCCGACCAGUGCCAAGGCGCAGUCUGCCCAGGCGUCGUUCAGUGUGAUUGGAGAGCUGGAUUUGGGUGAGGACCUGAACAUGGUCAUCAUGGACGGAGACGACGACGACGAUGGUAUCAACAUGAUGGAUGUGUUCAAGUGCUGGGAUGACUUACCGAUGCAGCAGAUAAACAUGCCCCACUCAAGACCCGGCAGUCCGUCCCAGUUUGAGGGCAACCAGCAGAGCCCGGGCGAAAGUGGCUCUAAGGGUGCUGGGUCGCGCGACGGCUACGGCUCACAGGAUUCGGAAGAGGUCGGGCUGGUGCUGCAGCAACCGCUGGCUAUCGGGUACCUCGUAUCGACGGCCCCGACCGGUCGCAUGCCCGACUGGUUCUGGUCCUCCUGCCCCCACAUGGAGAACGUGUGUCCGGUGUUUCUGCGUACGGCACUGCACCUACACAGUCCCACCAUCCUGCAGAACACGGACGAUCCGCUGCAGCAGAACCAAUCGUCGACCGAGCAUCCGCUCGAUUCCAACAUCACGGCCGAUGUGCUCCGGUACGUGCUCGAGGGUUACAACCUACUAUCCUGGUUGGCGAUGGACUCGAACACGCACGAUCGGCUCUCCUGUUUGCCCAUACACGUGCAGGUGCUGAUGCAACUGUACCACAUGACGGCUGCAUUGGCGUAAGCAGAAACCAUUCCCAGGAGAUGAAUCCAUCACCAUCCGCGGUGUAUCGAUCGCAACCGAUUAGGUUAGUGCGCAAUGUUCACACCCAGGAGCGUUGCAGCCUACGAGCAGCAGCACCAAUCAUCAAUCCAACUCCCAACGCCACAUCUUUCGAUCACCCGAUGACCCUGACCGACGACGGGCUUUAUCUGUCUGUGAUAUUAGAUAACAAAACAAAAAACAGCAAACAACAAGCAGGAAAGCAGGCUAUCUACAAUGAUUUCGCAACGGAACACGCUUCCCGACGCGCCGACGCAAGCCGGUUGCAGAGAUGAGAAGGCACGGCUCGAGCAAUAUGUGUGGCACUGUGCUCUCUACGGGUUUUAUAGCACCUUUUUAACCACUUUUUGUUUCUAACAGGGUUUUCUGGGUUACAUGUUUAAACAAUGUGCGGACCUCCUGACGACAACGACUUCCUGUUGUUGACUCGAACUGCGCGUAUCGUUUUAAGCAUGGGGACACUCAAGCCUGGCAAUCACUGCAUCAUACCAACCAUAUGUUGGAUGAUUUUAACUGGACUGGAUUUCUAUCCACAAUGACUCAGCCUCCGUGUGCAUGCCACACGAGAGCUUUGCGCACAGUUUAAGUUUUUUUUUAACCGUUUUUACUACACUUCUAUGUUGUCCUUGGUAUAAUUGUGUAAACGUUGCCCGUCGAUACAUAUCGGUUUUUUAAUUGUUUUAAUUUUACAAUCCUAAAUUUUUACCCUCCAUUUUGGCUCAUGAUGGUGUAAUCGGUUUCAGCAAAAAAAAAAGCUGUGCGCAACACGCAACCCCCCACGGACAUGUGCAAAAGCAAACAUCAAGAAAAGAUCCAAAUAAAGUAGGUGUUUUUUGUUAGCCAAAGCUCGCUGGAAUGUGGAACGGCUCCCACUGUUUGCUCCCACAGUAGUGCGUUCGUGCCCGUCGAACAAAAAAUCAACCACAGAAAUCAACCCUACAUAACGAAGAAAUACGGUUGAGGAGAAUCAAUUCUUUAAGGAAAUGCUAAAUGUCAAUUGUAGCAAACACGCACACACGACGCACCACACGCGGGAAGCUCGUCGGAACCUUCACGGAAGGAAACGGUGGUUAAUUUAUUGCAAUUUGUGGUGGGCCCGAACCUUCAUGAUCCGGAGCUGCCUUGGGUGUGCGUCGUGUGUGGCUUUGCGCCAGAAGUGUAAAGCAGCAGAAGUUUAGUGAAAUAACACAAUUCAAUUGCAUCAGAAGAUAGGAGAGCCUGAAGAUGGAAAGGUUACGUGAGUAAGUGGUAGCUAAACGCCUCUUAUACAAACACCAUUUAAAUCACACACACACAAACAAAAUCAACCAACCCCUGCCUAAAUAGGGAAAAAUAGAAGGUAUCCAGAAGAAGGAGCUGGGGUGGGGGAGGUUUGACAACUUCAGACAGGAACAUCCUGAAGGCCAACAAAACGCUUGGCGAUUUUGCUGCUGAGAACCGUCUAACACGCCUAAAAAGCCAAUAAAUCGAUGACCAAAUGUAUGUGCAUAGCUACUAACUGCUAAACAGCUGUCGUUGCAAAAGAACCUGGACACAAAGAGCUAGUACCCUAAGAGCCGCGCAAGGAGGAUCGCGCCAAACUCCUCCCCCGAAAGGAAUCACAAACACCACCGCAGAACGAAGCGGAAAGCCCGCUUCGAUUUUAAGCAUCCAAAUCUCGCAUACUCCAAGUAGCACGUUCCAUCGCGAAUAAGAAUACGAUCAUAAUCAUCUCAGCAUCAUCAUCCAAAACGAGGAGGGGGGGAGGAAGGGGGCACAGACAGGAGAAGAACCCCUCCACCCUCCCCCUGAACAAAGUUUUCUACCGAAGUUUGUUGUGAAUGAAGAAAGGCAAAUGGAGUCGGCGACCCAUUUAUCAUCAGCUUGAUCAGUACGAUCAAUUCACUCAUACACUCACAACACGGAUCACACGGAUCACAGUGAUUUAAAGGGGGCGCACUGUAAGGAUCAGUAAUUUUUAAGAGAUAUUUAAACCCACAACACGUGCCACACGGCACGGUUCUGUCGUGUGUGUGUGCGAGCAGAAGGUUCUGUCGUUUGUGGUGAGGCAGGUUUUGCCGGUUGAAAUUUAUUUAUUUGAUACCUAUGUAUUUAUAUACUCCUUCUAUCUAUCACGACCACCACCACCUAACAAUGUAAAUUAUGCUAGGGGAAGCGCCCCACUUUGCGCCUCCCUGGUUGUUCCCUUAGUGGAGCGGGAAGUUUAUGGUGGGGAGGCGUAAUCACACUCACACACACAAAUGAAGGAAGUGGGUAGAAGGUGAUGAGGAACAUUAGGGACUAGGGCCACCCACCACAGGCCUUAUAGUUUAAUAACGGAAGAAAAAAAAACAAACAAAUCACACAGUGGUAUAGUGUAGUAGUGCAACCGAUAGUAAUAAUUCACUGACACACACACAGAGACAAACACAUGCGUAAAAUGUAUUGAAGUCAUCCUCCUCAAUGAAGAGGUGUGAACGGGGAAAAGCGGGGAAGUAAGAAUAUUGUAAAUAUAUAUAGUAGGCGCCCUUUGUAGCGAGAUACACCCAUCUCUCUCUCUCUCUAUACAUAUAUAGUGUGUAAGUAGUUUAACGAAUGCUAUAGCAAAGAGUAUUGAGUAGGGGGAAGCAUGAUAAAGCAAAACAACAACAGCAACACAUUAAGUAGUGAAAACAGUUUUUAAGUAGAGAAUUACAAACAACAAAUAAAUUAACUGACUUUCACACCUGCUAAAAGACACUCGGGGGUGGGAAGGGAACAUUAGCAAAAGAAAACGAAAACCCGCAAUCAAACAUGUUCUUGUACAAACAAACAAAAACUAAUAACCUCUCUUCCUUGUGUGUAAAUGAAAAUGAACAAAAUGUAUUAAAACAGAGGGAGACAUGUUGUAUAAAAGGGGAAACCCACAAAACAGAACCAUUAGGGGGAGGGAAGCAUCAUAUGAAAAUCAUCGUACUCAUGGGAAGGGCCCCCAGAGGUAGUGUGUGGUGACAAUUUUUCCGGAUAGGACAUCAUCAUAUACCUAACUUGAAAACUGUAAAAUCUCUCCCUCUCUCUCUUUCCCUCAAAACAAAAGUAGUACAUUGAGAGUGUUAGCGAGAGAGAGAAAGGAUCAUCCCUUUGUUAGGCCAAAUUUGUACUUUAAUUGUAGUAAGAAAACAGCUAAAUUAACAUGAACAAAGCGAGGAAGAAGGGCGAGCAGCAAGGUCAAAACAAAGCAAAAUUCUCAGUUAACUUGUUUGAAAUUAAUAAAACUCGUAGCGAGGCACAGAGAGAGAGCGUUUUCCUGUUUCCGCCACCCCCCCCCCCCCCCUUUUCUGGUAAUAGUAACAAUGAAGAAUAAGAAGAGGAAGAAGUGAAGCCUCUUUUUUUGUUGGUGGAAAUGGGGUGGAAAUUAGUGGGGUUAGUAACAUGUAAAGCGCGAAACAAAUGCCCAACUGCAAAUGCCCAAUAAUUAACAUUACACAAGCAAACAAACACCACCACCACCAAGAAGCGGAAAAGGAAAUCGAGAGAGACAGCUAUUAACUAUUGAUUAUCGAGUGUAAGGCUGGAGAGAUGGAAGACGGAGGGGGAAAUGAGGAAGGUGUGGGAUUGCACAGAACCACAAUUGGGAUAAAUUAAUUAUCUAUACAUAUAUGAAUUAUAUUAUAUUGGUAUCUUAACUAAUAAAUACCUGUGUAUGUUAUAAGGUUUCGUUUACAAAAAAAAGAUACACAAGAAAAUAAAUGGAUUAUGAUUGAAACGAG